UAUCGGGGUCUUUUAAGCCCGUCUCUUAGUGUUUUCAGAAUUAAAAGAAAAAGAAAAAUAGCAAUUAUCUCAAACUACGUCUCUUAAUCAAGCAAAAGAAGAGACGGUCUCUUCUUGCUCUCUCUAUCGCGAAGAAGGAAGAAAGAAGAAGAAGCCAUGGCAGGAGUAGGACUUUUCCGGUAGAAGGAGAAUUUGUGUUUGUAUGGACAUCCGAGUGAGUUGUGGGAAGUGAACGAAACCCUAAUUCUUCCUCUGGAUUCAAUUCGAUUUCUUCGUAAUCCGCCAUGGAUGCUCAACGAGCUCUGUUGGACGAACUUAUGGGCGCAGAGAUGUUGGAACAGAGGAGGAGGCUCUGUUGAAAAAUGUGGAGAGAAUGGAGUCGGACAUAGUAGCGGGAUGCUUUUGCAACGCGGCGCAGGUGAUUGGAAUGAAGUGUUUGGUGACGGCGGUGGAAGUGAGAGAAGCUGCGAUGCAUCUGGGGAGAACAGAGAAGAUACUUGAGAUUGUGGACAGGAGAUGCAUGCCUGCUUUGUCUCAUCACGAAGUGGCGAAGAUUGAUGAGUGGACAGAAGUUGAAGAUGUGUCUCCUCCUCUGCCCGAAGCAGACAAAGACGGUGGCGUUAUUGUUACAGAGAGUUCAACCCAUUGCAGAGGCAGCUUCUGAUGGUUUCAGCUCCAUGUCUGUGGCAAGGUAGUUGAAUCAGUUUCAAGUUUAUUGAAUGCUUGAACUUUUGUUUAGAAAGUGAAUGGUAAUCGACUGUAGUACCUACGGCAACAUAUGAUUCGCACGUUCAGCCUAGCAACGAGAUAAAAUUAAAUUUGAACUUGAAUUGCCAUAACUGAAUAAAACGCUUUGUAAGACCUUAUUCACAUUUGUUAAAUCAUUUCAUUAUAUUACACCUUUGAUAUCAUCACGUUCAAAGCUACACUUCAUAUCGUUUCUUGUUUUUGAAUACAUUCAAAACUUGUAUGUUUUUUUAAGAACCUUUAAAUAAGAGACUUGCAAUGGAGAAUGUAAAUUUUUGAGUCUUUUAAUCCAGUUUCUUAAUUCACUUUUGCAAUUAAAAAAUAUUUAAAAAAAAUAAGAGACCCAUUUAGGGUCUCUAGGAUAAUGAUGCUCUUACACUUAUUAGUUAUUACACAAAUUUAAGAUCUCUUAAAAAUAUCCCACUUGAGAUAAACAAUAAAUAACAAAGCCUUUAUUACAAAUAGUCAUGCAAAAACACAAAUAAAUAAUAAAAAACAUUGCAUUAACUUCUCACCCGCUGGUUCCACCUGCUGCGAGAGCUCCUAGCAGAGGAGAGAAACGGAAGGUUUUGAGUGUACUGUGCAGCGCACGGUGCUUCUCUCAUUUCUUAUCCUACGCCUCUCCGUCUUUCUUAUCCUGCACCUCUCCGCCUUGUUCCUGUGUCUCAUGGACGCUUCUUCUCCAAGCAAAAAAAAUAUCUAUUGUCGUUGUUUCUCAGAAUAGAUUCUAGAGUUCCCGCAUUGAAUAAUCGCGUUUGCGUUUCGCCAAUUACCGUUUUCCAGAAAUGCUUUGGAUCACGAGACUCUCUGCAUUCUUCUCCGCCGCGAUGGCGGUGAUCGUCUUAUCUCCGUCGCUACAAUCCUUCCCUCCCGCGGCGGCGAUCCGGUCCUCCGAUCGUAGCUUAAUCUCGUCCUUCAGAAACUCCCCGCCCUUUCGCAACGCCGCCGACGAAUGUCUCCUCUCCUCCGCCGCAGACUCCAACGUCUGCAACCCCUUCUUAGUCCACGUGGCGAUCACACUCGACGUAACUUACCUCCGCGGCUCAAUCGCAGCCGUCAAUUCAAUCCUCCAACACUCCUUAUGCCCCGAGAGCGUCUUCUUCCACUUCAUCGUCUCCUCCGAGACAAACCUGGAGUCUCUCGUGAGAUCGACGUUUCAAGAACUAAAAUUCAACGUUUACUAUUUUGCCCCUGAGACGGUCCGCGGCUUGAUCUCAUCCUCCGUGAGACAGGCACUCGAGCAGCCUUUGAACUACGCUAGAAACUACCUCGCGGAGCUUCUCGAGGGGUGUGUUAACCGGGUCAUAUACUUGGACUCGGAUCUUGUGGUGGUCGACGACAUCGUGAAGCUCUGGAAAACGGGUUUGGGUUCGAGGGUAAUCGGAGCUCCAGAGUAUUGCCACGCGAAUUUCACUAAGUACUUCACCGGAGGGUUCUGGGCCGAGGAGAGAUUCUCGGGUACGUUUCGAGGGAGGAGGAGGGCUUGUUACUUCAACACGGGAGUGAUGGUGAUUGAUUUGAAGAAGUGGAGACGUGGUGCGUACACUAGACGGAUCGAGAAGUGGAUGGAGGUUCAGAGAUCGGAGAGGAUCUACGAGCUGGGAUCGCUUCCGCCGUUUCUGCUUGUUUUCGCCGGACACGUGGCGCCGAUUUCGCAUAGGUGGAACCAGCAUGGGCUUGGUGGGGACAAUGUUAGAGGGAGUUGUCGGGAUUUGCAUCCUGGUCCGGUGAGUUUGCUUCAUUGGUCUGGUAGUGGGAAGCCGUGGUUAAGGCUUGACUCGAAACGGCCUUGUCCGUUAGAUGCUCUAUGGACGCCUUACGACUUGUAUCUACACACACAUUGACCAGCUGAAUCUUGCAGGGAAGCUAUAGAUUGAUUGCAAGAUUAAAGCGUCUCUUGUUUUUUUAAUUGAUAAUAUACCAGUGGUUCUUCUGUCGGUGGAUGUAUGCACAGUGGUGCCACUAUGUAGGUUGUCUUCAUCAAAUGGCAGAUGAGUGGCUCUGUCUGAUGAAUGUUCAUCAGACCAAAAGGAAAAGUCAUCCCACUUAUAUUGAGCUUUAUUGUUUAAAAUUGUCUUUUUUUCUGCAAUAUCAUAUGGUGCAUUUAAAUGAGAGAUGACUGUUUGGCGAUUUAAGGACUUAAGCUUCUGAUAGAGAUAUUUUGUGCUUUGUUAGUGUCAUAUCUUUGUUUAAGAGGAGUGUGUUUAGCUACUAAUUAGAUAAAUCAGAGUACUAAGAUUAAGAGAAAAGUUAAAUAAAUAGACGUGUGAUCAACUUUU